AUGUUAGUCAUUGGUUUCAGACUUUUCGCUAGACCAGGUGAAUUAGCUAGACUCAAGUGGGGUUAUGUUACAAAGCUUAGAAAUGGUAACAUCAAAUUAGAUCUCAGUGGUCACAAAACAGAUUUCUUUCUACUAGAAAAGCCGAUUACUAUUGACAAGCAUCUUGAAAAUCCUUCAGUGUGUCCAGUGAAAUUGCUUUUUGAUUACAUGAACACUGUACAGCAUUUCAAAAAAGCAGAUUCACCAUUGUUUUCAUUGCAGGACAAUAUUUUCUUCAACACUGAAGAUGUUUCUCAACUUAUCAAGAAUGCUAUGUUCUCUGUUGAUUCAGAAAUCACUGUUUCUGGUCACAGUUUACGUAUUGGUGCAACUACUGAGAGUAUUAUCAAGGGAAUUCCUACUCAGGAUAUUAUUAUGGGGACUAGACAUAAGGAUGUGAAAUCUUUACAACCUUAUCAAAGACAAGAAGCUCUUGCCGCUCGCCACUUGUCUACUACUCUCCUUUCUCGGGACAAUAUCCAUUAG